UCAUUUAGUUUUGUUGGUAACAAUAAAUACAAAACAACAUAAUAAUACCAAAAAAACCAUGCAUCAUACAAUUAUUAUAUAACACACCUUGCACACAUUGUAUCAAGUUCAGUACUAAGUAGAGAAGAAUUAGGAACAAACUCUUUCUUACCUAACAUUAACAACAUCAAAUAAAUACAAGAAAUUUAUGGCAAUGUUGAUAGAAAACGAAGUCAUGUGUUUAGGAAAGAGUCAAAGAUCCAUGGAUGGAAAAGAGGUAAAAGGAGCACGUCGUGUUAAGAGACAAAGAAGAGAUGCUAUUGUACCAAAAAUAGGUGAUGAUGCUAACAAGAUGGCACAGAAACAAGUUGGAGAAAAUUCUACAACUAACACUUCAAAGAGAAGCUCAAGAUUUCGUGGUGUUAGCAGGCAUAGAUGGACGGGUCGAUUUGAAGCUCACUUGUGGGACAAGCUUUCUUGGAACACAACACAAAAGAAGAAAGGGAAGCAAGUUUACCUUGGGGCUUAUGAUGAAGAAGAAUCUGCUGCAAGAGCAUAUGAUUUAGCUGCACUUAAGUAUUGGGGAACAUCAACUUUCACUAAUUUUCCGAUAUCAGAUUAUGAUAAAGAGAUAGAGAUAAUGAAUACUAUGACCAAAGAGGAGUACUUGGCCACAUUAAGAAGAAAAAGCAGUGGCUUUUCAAGAGGUGUCUCAAAGUAUAGAGGUGUUGCAAGGCACCAUCAUAAUGGUAGAUGGGAAGCAAGGAUAGGGAGAGUUUUUGGAAACAAAUAUCUCUAUCUUGGAACCUAUAGUACACAAGAAGAAGCUGCACGUGCUUAUGAUAUAGCUGCAAUUGAGUACAGAGGAAUUCAUGCUGUGACCAAUUUUGAAUUGAGUAGCUACAUAAAAUGGUUAAAGCCAGAAACUACUACAGAAGAAAAUCAUGAAUCACAAAUAUUACAAAAAGAGUCUCGAACAUUAGCACCCCCUAAUAACUCUACUCUAUUGCAAGAAUCAAAGUUAUUAGCCCUUCAAAAGAGCUUUUUCAUUCCAAAUGACCUGAAUUCAACUGAAAAGCAAGAAUCAUCAUUUGAAAACAAAAACUAUCAUUUCUUGAGCAACAAGUCAACUUCUCCAACCGCGCUUAGCCUUCUCCUUCGCUCUUCGUUGUUUAGAGAAUUACUUGAAAAGAAUUCAAAUGUAUCUGAGGAUGAAGUUACAAAAGAGCAACAACAACAACAAAUAACUAGUGAUGAUGAACUUGGAGGAAUCUUCUAUGAUGGUAUUGACAAUAUUUCAUUUGACUUUGAUCCCAACAGCUGCAACAUAGAAUUGCAAGAAAGAGACUUGCAUUCAAUAUCUUGUUUAUAUCAAUACUUAAAUUUUGGACAAUAAAAUAAUGACUUUCGUUAAAAGGACAUAUAAUUGAUGCGAGGAUAUGUAAAUGAAAAUCACGAUAUGUUGAAAGCAUACGUGUAA